UAAAAGCUAGCUGAAAUAAAUUUCUUUAAAUUUUUGUGCUGAAAUACCUCUUGAAUAAUGUCUAGAACUAUUAAAUAUGUAUAUAAUGACUAUUUACUGGAACAAGCUGACAGAAAUCCGGCAGUUAAAGGUAGGGCCUCCUUGACUCACAAUCUCAUACAGUCUUAUGGGCUUUUAACACAAAUGGAAAGAAUUCGACCCAUAUUGGCCAACACUGCAGAUUUAAGAGGCUUUCAUACACCUGACUAUGUCAAACAGUUAAAUAACUAUGAGGAUUUUAGUAAAACACAUUCCAAUGAAAUCGAUGAUUCAUUAAAGGAAGAAGAGGACAAUGGUGAAUGCAAUUUAUCCGAUUGUCAUGGCUUAUCUUAUGAUUGUCCUCCUUGGCCAGGGGUCAAAGAUUAUGUUUGUGCAAUAGCGGGUGCUACUAUGACAGCCUGUGAUGUCCUAAACAAACAUAAAAAUGAAGUAAUUAUAAAUUGGUGUGGUGGCUGGCAUCAUGCAGAAAAAGACAAAGCGGCAGGAUUUUGUUAUGUCAAUGACAUAGUCUUGGGUAUAUUGGUGUUGACCACUAAGUUUCGCAGAAUUUUAUAUUUGGAUUUGGAUAAUCAUCAUGGUGAUGGUGUGGCCAACACCUUUGCUGCUACAAAACGAGUACUUUGCCUUUCUUUUCAUCAGUAUGAAUGUGGUUAUUACCCCGGCAGUGGUAGUUGUCAGGAUAAGGGCAGCGGCAAUGGUUUGGGUUAUAAUAUAAAUUUUCCUUACAAACGAGGUAUCACUGGAGACAAGUAUACGAAAUAUUUUAAAAGAAUCUUUUCGCUUGUUUUCGAUACCUAUCAACCCAAUGUUUGUGUAAUACAAUGUGGUGCCGAUGUCAUAGUGGGAGAUCCCUUGGGUGGCACAAAUUUAGUGCCCCAAGAUUUAAUUGAAUGCAUACAAUUUGUGUUGAAUUAUGAAAUGCCCUGUGUUCUCCUAGGAGGUGGUGGCUAUAACUUGCCAAAUGCCAGUCGAUAUUGGUGCCAGUUAACAGCGGCCAUCUGCGGUCAAACAUUAGAUGAGGACAUACCCUCUGACAAUGCCAACUUUUUGAGAUAUGGACCAGACUAUUGUCUACAUAUUAAGAAAGUGCCAACGUUAAGGGAUGAAAACAAAGUGGAAUAUCUGGAGCAGCAGGCUUGUGCUGUAGAAGAAAAUCUGAAACUCUACAAAGUAUAUCCAGUCUAAGUUUAUAUACACCCGCCAGCCGCAUAAUAGAAAAACUCAUCUUAGACCCCAGAUAGGUUCCAAAGUUAAAGCAAACAAAAAACAAUUGCUGUCUGUUUGUUUUAUCUUAAAUUUAUUAUGAAGUAUUUUUAGUUAGCGUUAAAGGUUUAUACAAUUUUCAGUUUUUGUUUUGUAGUUGAGAG